GCUUUAAGUCUCUCUUACUCAAUCUCGCGCGCUUUCUCUGUCUCAUUCAUUCCUACACCCAGGCUCACACGCCUGCUUUUCUCUGUUUGUCUCUCUCAGAAUGGCAAUUCUCAGUACAGCUUUCAGUAUUCUCUUCUAUUUACUUCAAGUCGUUUCUGGAGAAAGUGGCUAUGCACAGAAUGGAGACCUGGAGGACGCCGAGCUGGAGGACUACUCCUUCUCCUGCUACAGCCAGUUGGAAGUGAGCGGAUUCCAGCACUUGCUCCGCUGUGCUUUCGACGACCCGGACAUCAACAGCACCAGCCUGGAAUUCGAGAUAUGUGGGUCCCUUGUGGAUGUAAGUUGCCUGAAUCUUAAUAAACUGCAAGAGAUAUAUUUCAUCCAGACAAGUAAAUUCUUAUUGAUUGGAGACAGCGAAAUCUGUGUGAAGCUUAGAGGAAAGAGCUUAACCUGCAGGAAAAUGAAGAUAGUCAAUAUAGUUAAACCUGAGGCUCCUUACGAUGUAAGCGUUGUCUACCGUGAGGAAGCAAAUGACUUUGUGGUGACAUUUAAUACAUCGCACCUGCGAAAGAAUUAUGUAAAAAAUUUAAUACAUGAGAUAGCCUAUCGCCAGGAAAAAGAUGAAGCUGAUUGGAUGCGUGUGAAUUUAUCCAGUACGAGGCUGACGCUCCUACAGAGAAAGCUGCAACCUGAUGCAAUGUAUGAGAUUAAAGUCCGGUCCAUCCCCAGUCCUGACUAUUUUAAAGGCUUCUGGAGUGAAUGGAGUCCAAGUUUCCACUUCCGAACUCCAGGGACCAGCGGCCAAGGAAAGACGGACCCUAUUCUACUAAUCAUCAGCAUUCUGAGUUUCUUCUCUGUGGCUCUGAUGGUCAUCUUGGCCUGUGUGUUGUGGAAAAAAAGAAUUAAGCCCAUUGUAUGGCCCAGCCUCCCGGACCAUAAGAAGACUCUGGAGCAACUGUGCAAGAAACCAAAAAAGAACCUGAACGUGAGUUUCAAUCCCGAGAGCUUCCUGGACUGCCAGAUCCAUAAGGUGGACGGCAUUCAAGCCAGAGACGAAGUGGAGGGCUUUCUGCAGGACACACCUCCUCCGCAACCAGAGGAGCCUGAGAGGCAGAGGCUCGGAGGGGGUGUGCAGAGCCCCCACUGGCCAUCCGAGCACGUAGUCAUCACCCCCAAAACCUGCAUAGAAGAUGCACCCCUCGGGUGCCUGGCUGGGAAUGUCAGUGCGUGUGACACCCCUGUGCUCCCCUCCUCCAGGUCCCCAGACUGCAGGGAAGCGGGCAAGAGCAGGCCUCCUGUGUACCAGGACCUGCUGCUGGGAUCUGGACCUCCAAAGGUCACCCUGCUCCCUCCAUUUCCUUUCCCAUCGGAAAUCAUGGCAUUGAACCCAGCUGGCCAGGGACAGCCCCUCCUCACUUCCUUGGGAUCAAAUCAAGAAGAAGCGUACGUCACAAUGUCCAGCUUCUACCAAAACCAGUGAACUGUGAGAAACGCGGGCCUGGAACCACGUGAGCGCCUACUGCCCCUCACAGCACGAAAAAGACAAACUAAUGUGACUCUCCCCACAACCUGCAGGAUCCUGAGACGUCACCGUCCUCCCUCCUCCCCACUGUCAGCACCAGGCGGGAGCCAUCUGCUCCAGGUGAUCCAGGUGAUUCCAUUCUUUCAGAAAGUUCGCAAAGCAGAAAAGAGCACAAACAGGGUGGGGGGAAAGGUGGAGGUGGGCGAAGGGAUGGGGAAGGCAAGAAAGGAGCGAGGAAGAAAGGGGAGGAAGCCAAGAAGGGCUCGCUGGUCUCCCUGCACCCUCACCAUAAUUCAGGGGGGUGGCAGGCCUCGCUCUCCUUCUCCGUGUGUUUGCUGCAGAUGAUGAAACUGAGGCUUAGAGUAGCUCGUCCACGUUUCCCACUCGAGAUCUGACGCUCGGGAGUCUACCAGCAGCCUCCCCAGAGCCACGGGCCUUCCUCUUCACUAGGGACUGUCCCGUUCUCAGGCGUUCUCUAUUAACCUUGCUAAUAACACGGUGACUGUAUACUUCAUGUCCACCCUGGGUCACUUUUGAAAGUGAAAGGAGAAGUUGUAAGUCAUCACUCCAGGCUAGUAAGUAUAUGCUGGAGACGUCUCAGACAAAAACUAUGAGGGAGAAAGUUGGGGAGAAAUGGUCUCACGAUGCGCCAAGUGAGACCGUGCAUGGCCCACCGUGUCCACAGGAAGUGAAGAAAGCAACAACAUGCCAUGAAGACCAUGUCAUUUCAUUUUUCUGAAAAGUGCUCAGAGGGAUAAAUCAGGAGCCCAGGAUUUUGACUGUUGGUCAUUGAGAGCGCAGCCCCCUUGCCGCCACACCCAGCCGCCCCCCUGGGUGGAAGGCAAACCCGUUGCCCGCUGCGGUCACUGGCCCAUGCAAGCAAUGAACGGGGAACAGCCCUUCUGUGCGCACGGAGAUGCCCAACCCCAGUCCAUCCACCAGUCGCCCCGAGUUCUCCAGCCGUGGACGUCGCCACAAACUCCAGGGAGACGGAGUUAUCACAAGCACACAUCACACGGGGCAGUAAAGACGGACACACGUUCAGGGUUUUGGGGCGGCUUGUUGUCAUUAUUGUUGUUUAUGUCUUGUAUUUUUUUCUUUGUUUUGAUUUUAGUUUGUUUUGGGGAAGACUGUUUUUCAUUUUUUUGUUUGUUGUUGGUUUGUUCUGCAAUGUCCGUGAAGGGAGUUGAUGGAGUGACUAAUAGACCUCACCUGCUGGUUUAGAGACCUAACAGUACUCACAUCAUCUUAUUCUUCACUUGGGUUAGACUUCCCAAGUCCUUUUCUCUGAAUCCGUAGUAAUGUGUCCGAAUCAGUAGUAAUGAAUGUAAUCCCAUAAUCCCUUAGAUUUGCUUCGUGCUUAUCGAUUUUCGAAGCAGCUCCAUAAGCAUUAUCUCUUUCAUUUCCUCGAGAAGUAUUUACGAAAAGCCUGCUUUGUACAAACCACAGUGUUAGGAACAGGAGACAUAAGACAAGCAAGGUUGGGACCCAGCCCUCACUCAGUGAAAAACUUAAUGAAGGUGGCAGCUUUGUGAGCAAAUGAUUAUAAUAAUAUGAAAUGCUACAAUGGAGGCAUGCUCAAAAUGCUCUAGCAGAGACAGGGAAGAGACCACCAAGGUGACAUACAAGUGGGCUUGUGCUCUUUCCCCUUUGUAGAAAGGGGAGCCAUGGUGACCUCAAGAAGGAGGUCGACCCGGAAAAUCUCAUCCCAACCCAGCACUCUUGUGCCUUAUUCAGAGAGGCUCUCUGACGUGUUUGUGGUCAUUGUCUCCGAUUUUUGGACAACCUGAGACAGAGAGAAGACAGGUUAAGGACUCAGCCUUCCAUGUUAAGUCAGGACUAGAAGCCCUAAGUUUGCAUCCCUGAAAAACGAGACAAUCUCUUAAAGAAAUGAGGAGAAAAGUCAAGGUCCCUCCAGCGUCAGGGUCUUCUAUGUAAGUAUUCUUUUGCAUAGGUUAUCAUUGGAAUUUAGUGUGUGAGUGUCUCUCUGUUACUGGAAGCAUUUAAAAUCCAUGUAUGAUACUCAUAAUUAUAAUUGCUGCUAAUGCUUGAUCAUGUACUCAGCGACAAUGUAUAAUGUAAGGAUGCAGAUUUUCUCUGAUCAACCACACAUUGGAUGUUAUCGAGCAGGAAAAACUUCUGGUCAGAGAUAAGGCAGAAGUCAGAGAUGGAAACUGCCGGUUCUAUACGGCACGAGAUGGAAAGAAGACUGAGGAGUAGACAGCUAAACGUGGCCAACUACACAACCACAUCUGGGUGCAGGGAUCCCUGGCUUAUUUGACUGAUUUCCCAUGAGCCUUUGCCUCUCCUGUCAGCCUGGUUUCCACGGGAAACUGCUUCAGGAAGCCGUGUAUGGGCUGUCUCGGAUGCAUGUACUCAUACUUUCGUAGCAUCGCUGCAGGGGCCUCAAGACAAGGCCAGCCAGGGAGAUGGAGACAACGUACAUGGAGGGCCAGUUGGGACAAUACAGCUCAGACAGCAUUUCUGCCAGCUCGGUGGUUUGGGGGUGAGGGGUUAGUCUUAAAGAUAUCCAUUGUUCACUACAGUCAGCGUUUCUGAUUUGACGAUGUGCUUUCCACACGCAUUACACACAUUUCUCAGAGCUGCUAAGUAUGUAACUAUUCAAUAUGUUACCAUCUCGUAUUUAAUUAAAUGCUAUGAAACGCUCU